CGGGGUGUUCGGCAUAUCACACUUGCACUGAGCACUGGACGCGUCACAUUCACAACAGCAUACUAUAGUCAGAUAUAGUUGUGAUUAAUUAGUGAGUAGAGUGUGAUACCUGGACUUUGAGAGCUAGAAAUGGCACCGACUUCGACGUUCCCGGUCAUCAACAUGGAGUUGCUCGCCGGGGAGGAGCGACCUGCGGCGAUGGAGCAGCUGGAUGAUGCUUGCGAGAACUGGGGAUUCUUCGAGAUCCUGAACCACGGCAUCUCGACGGAGCUGAUGGACGAGGUGGAGAAGAUGACCAAGGACCACUACAAGCGUGUGCGCGAGCAGAGGUUCCUCGAGUUCGCGAGCAAGACGCUCAAGGAAGGCUGCGACGACGUGAAUAAGGCGGAGAAGCUGGACUGGGAGAGCACCUUCUUCGUCCGCCACCUCCCGGAGUCCAACAUCGCCGACAUACCCGACCUCGACGACGACUACAGGCGCCUCAUGAAGCGCUUCGCGGCGGAGCUGGAGACGCUGGCGGAGCGGCUACUGGACCUGCUCUGCGAGAACCUCGGCCUCGAGAAGGGCUACCUCACCAAGGCCUUCCGUGGCCCCGCGGGCGCACCCACCUUCGGCACCAAGGUCAGCAGCUACCCGCCGUGCCCGCGCCCCGACCUCGUCGAGGGCCUCCGCGCCCACACCGACGCCGGCGGCAUCAUCCUGCUCUUCCAGGACGACCGCGUCGGUGGCCUCCAGCUGCUCAAGGACGGCGAGUGGGUGGACGUGCCGCCCAUGCGCCACUCCAUCGUCGUCAACCUCGGCGACCAGCUGGAGGUGAUCACCAACGGCAGGUACAAGAGCGUGAUCCACCGGGUGGUGGCGCAGACCGACGGCAACAGGAUGUCCAUCGCGUCGUUCUACAACCCUGGCAGCGACGCCGUGAUCUCCCCUGCGCCGGCGCUGGUGAAGGAGGAGGAGGCCGUCGUGGCGUACCCCAAGUUCGUGUUCGAGGACUACAUGAAGCUGUACGUGCGCCACAAGUUCGAGGCCAAGGAGCCCAGGUUCGAGGCGUUCAAGUCCAUGGAAACCGAGACCUCCAACCGCAUCGCCAUCGCUUAGCAACCCCGGCCUCGCUCGCUCUGUUCUGUGUACUGUGUGUGUGCAUGAACUGUGGUUUCGUCGUCGUUUUGUGAUACUCCUACAUAGGAUUCGUCAGAGUGGUUCGUACUGUACUGAAUAAAAGAGCAUGCAGCUAGCCAGGUGUAGCCGUGUAGGUAUGAAUAGAUUACUACUCGCGACGAGCUCGAAAGUUUGUACCGUGUCGGAUUCUUAUUUCGAUCCGUGUCAUAGCAAGUCCCUGUUUAUUUCUUGGCUACUAGUACUAAGCACUGCCUGCAGUCUCCUCGUGACCUUGCCUGUA